CCGGCGCGCGGCGGUGACGUACCAUCAUGGCGGCUGCCGAGCCCGAGUGCAAGCGAAGGGCUCUGGAGGCGGCGGUGGGUGAGGAGCGAGGAGCUGCGGAACUGGGGGAGUACGAAGAGGAGGAGCGCUGGGUCGGGCCGCUCCCAGGGGAGGCCACGCAGGCGAAGAAGAGGAGAGUUCUUGAAUUUGAACAUGUUUACCUUGAAAAUCUACCGUCUGCUUCAAUGUAUGAACGCAGUUACAUGCACAGAGAUGUCAUUACACAUGUAGCAUGUACUAAGACAGAUUUUAUCAUAACAGCCAGUCAUGAUGGACAUGUAAAAUUCUGGAAAAAAAUAGAAGAAGGGAUUGAGUUUGUUAAACACUUCCGAAGUCACCUGGGUGUUAUUGAGAGUAUUGCUGUUAGUUCAGAGGGAGCAUUGUUCUGUUCAGUUGGAGAUGACAAAGCAAUGAAAGUGUUUGAUGUAGUCAACUUUGACAUGAUCAACAUGCUGAAACUUGGCUACCACCCUGGCCAAUGUGAAUGGGUGUAUUGCCCUGGAGAUGCCAUAUCUUCUGUUGCAACAUCCGAGAAGAGCACAGGAAAAAUAUUCAUAUAUGAUGGCCGAGGAAAUAACCAGCCACUUCAUGUUUUUGAUAAACUCCAUACAUCCUCGCUUACUCAGAUACGGCUGAACCCUGUCUACAAAGUAGUUGUGUCUUCUGACAAGUCUGGGAUGAUCGAGUACUGGACUGGUACACCUCACGAAUAUAAAUUCCCCAAGAAUGUGAACUGGGAGUAUAAAACAGAUACUGAUCUAUAUGAAUUUGCUAAAUGCAAGGCUUACCCAUCCAGUAUAAGUUUUUCACCUGAUGGCAAGAAAAUGGCCACUCUUGGGUCUGACAGAAAAGUUAGAAUUUUUCGUUUUCUGACGGGGAAGCUUAUGAGAGUCUUUGACGAAUCUCUGAGUAUGUUUACUGAACUUCAGCAGAUGAGACAGCAACUACCAGACAUGGAGUUUGGCCGACGUAUGGCAGUUGAGCGUGAGCUGGAGAAAGUGGAUGCAGUAAGAUUAAUUAAUAUAAUUUUUGAUGAAACUGGACACUUUGUUCUCUAUGGAACAAUGUUGGGCAUUAAGGUCAUCAAUGUAGAGACUAACAGGUGCAUUCGUAUCUUGGGAAAGCAAGAGAACAUCAGAAUGAUGCAACUAGCUUUAUUCCAAGGAGUGGCAAAGAAACAUCGUGCUGCAAUCACUAUAGAGAUGAAAGCAUCUGAAAAUCCUGUUCUCCAGAAUAUCCAGGCAGAUCCGACAGUCGUCUGCACAGCUUUUAAAAAAAAUAGGUUUUACAUGUUUACUAAACGUGAACCAGAAGAUACAAAGAGUGCAGAUUCUGACAGAGAUGUAUUUAAUGAGAAACCUUCUAAAGAAGAGGUCAUGGCAGCCACUCAGGCAGAAGGUCCCAAAAGAGUCUCAGACAGUGCCAUCAUCCACACAAGCAUGGGAGAUAUUCAUAUCAAGCUUUUUCCUGUUGAGUGCCCCAAAACAGUGGAAAACUUCUGUGUGCACAGCAGGAAUGGCUAUUACAAUGGACACAUAAUUCACCGUAUCAUCAAGGGUUUCAUGAUUCAGACUGGUGACCCAACUGGUACAGGAAUGGGAGGUGAAAGUAUUUGGGGAGGAGAAUUUGAAGAUGAGUUUCAUUCAACUUUACGACAUGACAGACCAUACACACUCAGCAUGGCUAAUGCAGGACCAAAUACCAAUGGAUCUCAGUUUUUCAUAACAGUAGUGCCAACUCCAUGGCUAGACAACAAGCACACUGUGUUUGGACGGGUGACUAAAGGAAUGGAAGUUGUUCAGAGAAUCUCAAAUGUAAAAGUCAAUCCAAAAACUGACAAGCCCUAUGAGGAUAUCAGCAUCAUUAAUAUCACAGUGAAGUAAGGCAGGCCUUGAAGGUUCCUGCUUAAGCAGAAAAAACUGAACGUAUGGGACCCAGAAAGGGACCUAGAAAAAACAGAAACGUUUUAAAUAAUUCCUAGAUAUAGUGAGUACCAAGACAGAGCAAUCACCAGUUCUACAAUUUUUAAUGUACCUAAAGUGCCCUAAUUCUGUAUUUCUGAUAACUCUGUAUUUUAAAGUAAAAACAUUAUGCAUGUUUCUUAUGAA